UUGAAGAACAACAAUCAACAAGCAAAAUGUUCAAACAAAUUCUUCUCCUCAGCGCAAUCGUCGCCGGUGUUUUAGCCAAACCAUAUGCAACUUCUUAUGCAUCCAUGACUCAAUACCAUGAUGAUCACCAUGUUGAUCAUCACUAUGACCAUCACGAUUACGACGAGCAUCAUGAUGACAUCCAUGAAGUAGAUCACUACCCUCUUUAUGCACCAGUAUAUUCAAGUUACAACAACCACGAUGAACACUAUGAUCAUCAUGAUGACCACCAUGAAUACUAUCAUCAUCCACAAUAUGCAUUCAAGUAUGGCGUUGAAGACUACCACACUCAUGACAUUAAAUCUCAGGAGGAACAUCGUGAUGGUGAUGUAGUCAAAGGUCAUUACAAGUUGGUUCAACCCGAUGGUCGUAUCCGCGUUGUUCACUACACCGCUGAUAAACACAAUGGUUUCAACGCAGACGUGCAAUAUUUGGGACAUGCGGAACACCCUACUUACCACAAAUACUACUAGAACUGAAAUAUGAAUGUAAAAAAUUAGGCCUCAUUUGAUCUUUUGAAGAAUAUUUAUUUAUUAAAUGCAAAAUUCACUAUUUUGAAAUAUAUACAAUAAGCCAUAUUAA